AGCAGAUCAAGCUAUAGGGCUUUGGAGCGCUUCGCUUUGCACAGUCGAUUGAACUGGUGAGGAACGAUACAGUACACUAACAGUAGAAAAAUAGUGGGGGAGACGAGAGUAAACAACCACCUUAGACGCACACAACCAUACCCUUAUACGGCAGCCGAUAGGUUAUCUUUGAGUCGCCUGCAGCGCAGAAAGAGCACUCGUAUUUUGAGAAGAAUUUGGCUACAUACCGCGCAGGAGGAUCAUAUCAAGCAAAGGAGCAGCCGUGAGAGAAGCACGAGAUACGUAGACAUGGCUGUGACAACCUGUACACGAUUCACGGACGAAUUUCAGCUAUAUGAAGAGCUGGGAAAGGGAGCCUUUUCAGUGGUGCGCAGAUGUGUCAAGCUGUGUACUGGACAGGAAUAUGCCGCCAAAAUAAUCAACACCAAAAAGCUAUCUGCAAGAGAUCACCAGAAGCUAGAGAGAGAGGCCCGCAUUUGUCGCCUGCUCAAGCACUCCAACAUCGUACCAUGGCGACGGAAGGCUCAGGUUCCUGGGUCUGGCCUCGUUCGUCUUCAUGACAGUAUAUCAGAGGAAGGCUUCCACUAUCUCCUAUUUGACUUGGUGACUGGAGGGGAGCUGUUCGAGGACAUCGUAGCCAGAGAGUACUACAGUGAGGCUGAUGCCAGUCACUGUAUCACUCAGAUUCUAGACAGUGUUCAUCACAUUCACCAACAUGACAUAGUGCACAGGGACCUGAAGCCAGAGAACCUGCUCCUGGCCAGCAAAUGCAAGAAUGCUGCCGUCAAGCUGGCUGACUUUGGCCUGGCCAUCGAGGUACAGGGGGAUCAGCAAGCCUGGUUUGGAUUUGCUGGCACACCGGGAUACCUGUCCCCUGAGGUUCUGAGAAAGGAGGCAUAUGGCAAACCUGUGGACAUCUGGGCCUGCGGGGUGAUUCUGUAUAUCCUGCUGGUGGGCUACCCUCCCUUCUGGGACGAGGACCAGCACAAACUGUACCAACAAAUAAAAGCAGGGGCAUACGAUUUUCCCUCCCCAGAGUGGGACACAGUCACUCCAGAGGCUAAGAACCUGAUUAACCAGAUGUUGACCAUCAACCCUGCCAAGAGGAUCACCGCCCAGGAGGCCCUCAAACACCCAUGGGUCUGCCAACGUUCUACAGUGGCAUCCAUGAUGCACAGGCAGGAGACCGUGGAGUGCCUGAAGAAAUUCAACGCCAGGAGGAAACUCAAGGGGGCCGUGCUCACGGCUAUGCUGGUUUCACGGAACUUCUCUGUCGGCUGUCGUUCCACCGCUCCAAUCAGUAUCACUGCCGCUGCGGCAGCUGCAUCCACGGCAGCGGGCUCCACCACUGGGCUGGUGGAACAAGCAGCCAAAAGUUUGCUCAACAAGAAGGCAGAUGUCAAGGAACGUAGGUCCAGCUCCGCUGCGCGGCACAUGCCCCAGACACCACAGACAAACAGCACCAAAAACAGCAUAGUCACCAGCCCUAAAGGAAACGUCCCUACUCCUGUUCUGGAGCCUCAGACCACUGUUAUCCAUAAUCCAGUGGAUGGGACUAAGGAGUCAUCUGACAGCAGCAACACGGUGGAGGACGAAGAUGUCAAAGCACGCAAACAAGAGAUCAUCAAGAUCACUGAACAGCUGAUCGAGGCUGUCAACAAUGGAGACUUCGAGGCAUACGCUAAGAUCUGUGAUCCUGGCCUGACCUCCUUUGAACCUGAGGCCCUGGGCAACCUGGUGGAAGGAAUGGACUUCCACAGAUUCUACUUUGAGAACCUCCUGUCUAAGAACAGUAAGCCUAUCCACACCACAAUCCUGAAUCCCCACGUCCACCUGAUUGGAGAGGACGCUGCCUGCAUCGCCUACAUCCGCCUCACCCAAUUCGUUGAUGGCCAGGGCCAUCCGCGCUCCAGCCAAUCAGAGGAGACUAGGGUAUGGCACCGCCGGGAGUCCAAGUGGCAGAACGUUCACUUCCACUGCUCGGGUGCGCCUGCCGCGCCACUCCAGUGAGGAGUAGAAUGCCAUAGCCACAUCUAACAAGAGUGCUCUGCUGGAGAGAGAUAGAGGGAGAGCAAGUCCAGUGUCGGGUGGCUCUGAGUCCGCAGCGCCAGACGCCUCCCACACUAGAUACCUAGCAUGCAUCUCUUCUUUACGACUACCUAUCGCCACCCGCCACUGUAUCCACUGACAACCAUCUCAACAACCAACCAACCAUCCGACAACAAUCUAUUGUUUUUUCCAACAACAACCCCCUUCUCCCCCUCAAGCCCAAACUUUGGACAAUUCACAUUUUGCCCCUUUUCUCCACCCCAACCCCUCCAACCCAACCACUGCCACACCUAUGGCCAAUAUUGGGCUGUGGGUAGGGAGUGUUUCGAGGGGUAUGAUGGCGGGUGUUGGGGUGUUUUCUUGGCCUCAUUGUGCAUUUUGAUUCUUCGUCUUAUGUCACAUGAUGUUCCCUCUUCUUCGUCUUGUGAAUCUUCACUUGUGUUGCGUAACACUACACAGGAAAUACAGUAUGUAAAGUUUUAAGUAAAAUCUAUUAUUAUUAUGAUUAUUACUAUUACACAAUUGAAAUUGUAUAUGUAAUUUGUAUAAUUCAAAUGAUUGAUGCCAGUGGUUUCUAGAGUUGAAGGAAAUCUUUUGUUUUCUCUAUCUUUUUAAGGAAGCAUGUUGUUUUUCAGUAUUCACAGUGGCUGUUUUCUAUUGUGGCUUUUAAGUGACAAAAUGGUAUUGGUAGUUUUUGUAUAUGCUUCUUGUAUUUAAUCUAUUCUAUUAUACUAGACCAAAGCUCAUGUUUAAGAAAAAUCACUUUUGGGAGAAGGGGGGUGUUAGACGUGGUGUGGAGGAAGCGAGUGUGUGAAUGUUAGAAAUGUGUGUGUGUUUCGGUGUGUGCGUGUGUGUAUGUGUAUGUGUGUGUGGAACCAAGUACAUGGGAGUAUUAGUCCAUAGGUGGCCGGUUUUAUCAACUGGUUUGAAUUUUCAGCUUUGUAAUGUGAAUAGCUGGAAUGAGGUUGGCUUGGUUUGGUGUCUUCCGUCGUCCGGUCACAAUCAACUGUACGAAACGAGAUUCAACAGUAACAGAGGCUUUUAUUGUAUUUCACACUAAUCAUGUUUUUGCCUUUUUUGUGUUUAUUAUUAUUAACAUAUCUCAGAGGAUAGACCUACCGGUUCUCUCUUACUCUCUGGUGUUGGCCGUUGGUGUGUGGGAAGGCUCUGUGAUCCCCAGUGCUCCCGGUGGUUCGAUUAGACAUUGCAGUACACUGAACUGCACCUCCUGCACUGCACUGCACAAACUGCAAAUGAGGCCUCUAUAGAAUUUUACAGCCGCUAUAGAAAAAGUGAAUAAACAAUACCACAGCAGUAUUAUGCUAUAGUGUCCAUACAUAUCAGCUUCACUACUUAUUAUUCAACAUCUUAAAACAGUUUUGCAGUCUCUUUAAAACAGUACAGUACCUAUAACACCUCUGACAUCAUCUUUCUGUACAGGGAUGCUUUUUGAACAUUUGGUGAGCAGAGAUGAAGCCUUACACACUUAAAUCCUUACUGCGUCCCAAGGUGCAACCGUCCUUUCUCUCACACGUCAACCAAGCCAGUUGCACUCUGAACCUAUAUAAAAUCUGGAAACUACUGGGGUCCUGCGUUGCAUAGAGCCGUGCCUAGGGCUCCAUGCCUGUUUAAUAUGUUUAGUGGGGUUUAAUGGAGAGCUAACAGGGCAGGCUGUUGGAUUGGAGAGAUGUGGGCCUGUGCAGUCUGCGGGUAGCAGGUGUUUUAGUGGUGAGGUCAAGAAAAUGUGUGGGUGUUUACUUUGCGUACACCUUGUCCCUCUGUCCUGUGGUCUCUAGUUGUUGCUGCUCAUUUCAGAGUGGAAGAAUGUGACUGAGGUCUCAGGGUAUCCAGAAGACUGUGUGUAUAAGGGAAUAGCUCCUGUGUUGGUUUUCCACAUGAUGGAGAUUUUAGAGGAGAGGAGAGGAGAGGAGAGGAGAGGAGAGGAGAGGAGAGGAGAGGAGAGGAGAGGAGAGGAGAGGAGAGGAGAGGAGAGGAGAGGAGAGGAGAGGAGAGGAGAGGAGAGGAGAGGAGAGGAGAGGAGAGGAGAGGAGAGAGGCUUUAUUUCAGCAGUCCUAUCAGUCCUCUACCUUCAGUCCACAACUUACUUUUGUUAUGAUUUUUAUGUAUAUUACAUUUACACAUUUGUAAUAUCAUCUUUCAUCGUCAUUCAUUGACUUGUGUUACUAUUGCAUGUUAUUGACUAGUGUUACUACUCAUUGUGUUUUUUUGCCAGUGUGAGAUGGAUAGAUGGAUUUACAUGUUUUAGGAAGAGAUGCCUUCACACACCCAUGUAUAAUGAAGAAAAAUCAGCUCUGGAGUGUUAGGUAAUGUUGCAGGCCGACUAUAUCACAGUCGUUGCAUUUCAUCAACAAAUGGUUUGCAUGUCACAUCGUGGACUGUGCAGUCAGGUAUCCGGUUACUAUAAUAUAUUAUAGGAUGGGGUUAUCUGAUAUGUUAAAUACCUAUCCAGACGUUGUGAGAUCUGUCAGGUGUCUGCAACAUAUAGUCAGCCAGGAAGUUGAUCGAAGUUUCACAUUUUGGAUCUAAGUGAGUGUUGUUGUUUUUUUGCCAUUCUACCACCAUAGUUGUUAUGCCUGCCUGUGAUUGGCUGCCUUUGGAAGUGUCUCAUUAUUAUUGGCCUGACAAUUUUGACCAUCUCAAUGAAUAGUGAGGUGGUCAGCCGGUUGGUUAGUCCUCAGGUUUAUAUUUAUUUUAUUAUUUAUUUAUUUAUUUUAUUGGUCAGUUAUGUGCUUUUUCUUCAAUGUUUUAUUUCGUUUUUCCCUCGAUAUACAGAUCACGUAAAUGUUAAAUUACUCUCUUGUGGCAUUGUGAUUUGGGGCGGCAGGUAGCCUAGUGGUUAGAGGUGGGUUGAAUCCCCGAGCUGACAAGUCAUUCUGCCCCUGAACAAGGCAGUUAACCCACUGUUCCCCGGUUGGCCGUCAUUGCACAUAAGAAUUUGUUCUUAAUUAACCGACUUGCCUAAAUAAAGGUUGAAUUUUAAAAAAUUUAGAGGUCCUCUUCUAAUGUCCCUAGAAGUGUUCCUGAGUGAUUGAGCCAACCAAACAUGUGAACCGACCUCUUCCCCCUCUCCAAACAAAUAAGAAAUAGCAGCAUGUACAAAGCAGCAUGUGUAUUAGCUAUUAACUAGCAUCUUAGCUGGCAUUUCUUUGCAUGAUAGUCAACAGGACACUAGUUUUGGUGUUAACCCUGAUUUGUCUUCUAAUUUUUCAUUUUCUACUGAACGCUGGUGUACUAAACCUUUCUCAAUCUAUUUUCUGAGCUUUUUAAGUGCAUAAAACUAUUUUUGUCUCGAGACGACAUAACGAAGAUAGACGAGAGGCUGACUUUGAUAUUGAUGAUUAUGACAAGGAGGAGGAUGAUGAUGAUGAACAUGUAAUGAUGAUUCUCUAGCAUGCUUUUAUAUGGAGCUCAGUGUUGUCAAUCCAGUGUGGCUUACUUCUAUACAUACAGCAGAGAGAGGAUCACCUCAAACCAUAAGCAUUUCCAGUGACUCCUGCUCAACUGAACUUGCAUGUGGGACUUGGGGGGAAAUCCUAACUUCCACUUAAGUACAUUUUUAACAUAUUAUUGCAUUUGAUGUCACUGGUACUGUAGACUAAGUGGACAUUUUACUUACAGGGAAUGCAUAAUCUCAAACAGCAACAAUCAAAUAUAGUAGAACAUGGAGUAGGCCUAGAUAGGCUCAAAGAUGCCCUCUGGUGGUUAAAAUGAGCAUUAAAGGCAUGCACUGCGACGUACUGAAUCCUAGCCACAGCAUACUGCACAAUAUACACACUGGACUAUGUUUCGUUGAGGUAAUUUUGGAAACGUUUUAAACAAUAGGAAUACAAAGUGCAUCCAUCCAGUGACUAGACCACCUGUACUGAAAACACUGAGCUAGUAUCUCUGUAGUAUUUAUUUAACUCUUCCUAGUCCUUCUGUUUAAAAACUUUAUUCAAUCAUUUCUCUGCAGUUGGGUCUUAGUUUUGUUUUUGUCAGUUUGGGUUUCUUCUGUAGAAUACAUUUAUCCUAUAUUUCUCUGAUUCUUCUGAUUAUUGUGCUACCCAAUGUGCUACAUGUGUUUCUCAAACUUAAGGAAAUGUGUUAAGGUGUUAUCAAUAAAAUGACAAUUUAAAUAAAAAUAAGUUAAUGAUCAUCUUAAUGAUCAGACAUCC